AAUUAUUUUUGUUUAUACCGAUUUGUUUCUUGUUUGUGCUGGCUGAGCAAAGCACCAAAAACACGCAAGUAGUGAUCAGAAGCGUUUUCGUUGAAAGUUUUUCGGAUAAUUCGCAGACAAAAAUCGGUUGUGUUUUUUUUCUAACAUUUUUCAAUAGUGUUACUCUUGAGGCACAGUUGUGUUGGUAGUGUUUUAUGCUGGAUAUAACCUUGGAUACUAUAGCAGGAGAACAAAGAUUCUGGACGGAGUAGUGUAGUCUUUUCCGGUGAUAUUGGAAGCUUUUUGGAGAUUUUUACGCAUCUGAACGGGACGCUGCACCACAGCCAUGUCGUCUCUGUCCACGUUGGAUCGCGAUCUCUGCGGCAUCUUGGCCGAGAUGCGUUCCGAUAAAAUCACUCAAAGGCAGAAGGCGUUCGAGAAGCUGGAACUGAUACUGGUGAAUCGUGAAGAGGACAUCCUCCGUUACAUGGCGGAGGAAAAAUUUGACACCAACUGGCAUGAUCUGUUGGAGGCUGCUCACCAUGGAACGCAGAAGCAGAAUCGCAAGAUGAUUGAGCCAAACGCAACGGCUGGAGCUUCAGCUGAAAGCAAGAGUUACAUCUACAUCAAGGUGAUACAAAAGGUUGUGGAUUUUGCAAUGAAUCGUAGUCAGCCACAGAUUAAGUUCUCCGAGCUAAUCAAACGUUUGAUGGACGUCCUGGGGGAUCAAACAAUGUUGCAGUAUUUUGGCGUUUGCCACCUACAAGUCUUACAGAAGCACGUAUUGAACUCCAAGUGGGAUCUGACUGUGAUAACCUAUGACGAGUGGAUAAGUAUUUUAGACCGCUGUUUUGAGCUUUAUGACGAUGGAAGAGUUGCGAAGCAGAACGUUGUUGGUUGUCUUUCGUUGGCAAUACGAAAAAGCUUGGAAAAUUGUUCGGUCCAGAGUCACUUCGUAAAGUUUCUCGGUCGACUGGCAAAGAUGAUAAACGAAUCCGAGCGAGGAAAAAUGCAGAACGACUUGAUAAGGAUCGGUUACGUAUACGUAUCAAGUUUGGCAGUAGACUACCGAUAUGAGAUCUGUGGUUUCACCGAGCGGAUAUCGCAGCGGGUGGUCAAAGCGUAUGAAACAAGAAUGGAUGAGGAGAUGAAAUCUGUCCUCUUCAAGUUGAUGCACCUAACAGUGUUAGUGCACAACCCGGAGAAAAGUUUCACGGAAUGGAGAUCCAACCAGAAUCUAUUCCACGCAGCGGAUAAAUCUGAGUAUUACAAGUGCCUGCGUAAUUUCUACUUUGUUAUUGGAAGUGAGCUUAAGGCUCAUGCUUCUGCAACCUACAGCGCCGUUGGUGGACGCGAAGUGGCAUUUGUUGAAGGAUUCAUAGACUUAGCUGCUAGGUUGUGCUAUGUGAUGUUUUGGAAUGACGAUGUUUGGAGUCAAACUGGUACGGACAAUGAAAUCAGCGUGAAACGAGUUAAGCGAGCGAAUAGAUUACAAGGUUUGAUGGAUUUGAUCGAAGAGAACUCUGCCCAACUGAACUGGCGGUGGCUGAUCAUAUUGGCAGAAAUAAUCAAGCGAUGUCCAGCUGUCCUAUGCGAAGAUGACUAUCAGCCGAUGUUAAAUUUGCUCAGUAGCAUUCAGCCGAAGCUAAGUCUGCCUUCUCAAUUAGAAGCAUUCCGUUCCUGUUGUUGUGCAUUACUAUGCUUCGAGCAGGAAGACCGCUUCAGGAAUUCGACUAUUAUCACCACAGAAUUCUGUACAGAGUUGUGGCACAAAAUCAUAGAAGGAUCGUUCAGAUGUUGCACAUCCAACAACAAAUCAGCUGCCGAUAAUCAUUUGAUCUUGCAACUAUUGAUUUCCAACCGGAAGUAUCCAUCCAUUACGUUUCUAAACGGAAUUCUGCAAGCCUUCUACACGUACUCGAUCGAACGCACGAACACUAAUGUCGGUACGAUAAAGACAAUUCUGGAGAUUGUUCCGUUGGAAGCCAUUGGCAAUGUCCAAGAGGUCGUUGAGAAGCUACUGAACUAUCUCUUUCCAAAAUCGCGUGAGUCUCUGGCUAAGGGAAUCCUUCACAAUAAGGAAAUGUUGGACAUGAAGCUGUUGGCGAAUAUUUCCGUUCAUUGCUGUGUAACCAAGCAUCAUUCGAAUGACGACAAAAAUGUGAAUAACAGUGCAGAAGCACACAUCGAAUUAGAAAGAAAAUACAUCGAGACGGAUAGGAUCAUCCACGAGGUCGAAGAAUAUAUUUUGCUGAAAAGCGUUGAAAAAAUACUGGCUAUCAGGACGCCUAACAAGCAACAUGUGGAUGCAACACCUACUAAAAUAAUGUACAAUAUUCACGAGAAAAACUUCGAGAUUCUUUGCACAUCACUUAACUUUGAAAAGCACACACUUCCUGCUGAUAAUGACGCUCUGGGUAAAGGAUUGAACCAAAUUAUCGGUGAUGUUGAGUUAUAUAUGGAAAUUUUGAACGAGCUCCUGUCACAUCGCGCCCUUGGCAAGGAUUCGUUUGAAAAGUGCCUGAUCACGAAGAAAAUAGCUUUCAAAGUACAGGAAAUGGAACUCGGUUUCGAGCGUCUGAGAACAUUGACGGCGGUAGAAUUGAACGGGAUGGCUUCCAGGCUGCUGAGAAUCUUUGGUGGUCCGUAUGACGAACGUAUAAACGAGCUGCUUAAAGUGAGUAACUUCACAAGCUUGUUCAACUGGAUUUUUAAGAACGUUCGAAAUGUUCCGGACAAAGAUUCCACGACGGUUGAAGCUUUGAAGUACGAAGCACUGACCAGAGAACAAUCUAAUCUGCACAAUCUUCUUUUGAUCAUGGUACAUUAUAUGCAGUACGACGGUGUGAACACCAACGAAGUGAAGACUUCUCUGGACCAGAUCCAAUUCAAUGUCAAUAGCAGUUUAGAUUUGUUCCACAUAUUUGGAUUGUGCAAAGUACUACUGAAGCAACGAUCAACCUUCUUCUGUGCAGAAUGGAUUUUGUCGUACAUCAAAGAAAUAUGCAUAAACCAUCAUACUAACAACGCCAUGACCGAAGCGAUUGUAGACCUCUACUCAGAACUGGUUGUCUUCGUCAGCCCACAUGAUUCACUUUACAACGAUAUCAAUAUGGUUCUGCUGUCGUUCAUUCGCAAGGCCAACAAGAGAAGCUAUUCCGUUGGCUUGCAGCGUAAAAUCUAUGAUCAGGUGAAGUAUCUGCUUAAGGCCUAUCCAGAUUAUUAUGAAUCUCACGAGCAGUAUUACAUGAGAAUGAUUAGUUUGAUUGGAGCUUCACAUUUCGCUAUCAAAGCUAGUGCUGUGGAAAAUUUGCUCUACUUGUUCGAUGACUCGUGGGCUUACUCGGCAGACGCAGUAACUGCUGAUUUUUACCGAUUCCAGUUGAAGCUCUACAACUCGGUUCCGUUUGAAAUGGAUGAUUUGUUGCGUAAGGACGAGAAAGAAAGCUUACUAUCAGCGUUUCUUCAACUGAUAUGUGGAACGGUUUGCAAAAGCUACUCUCUCAGGAAGCGUGCCACACUUAAUCUUGUAGAACAGGCAUGUGUGAAUAAUUUACCGCAACACACCAUCCACACAAUCACAAAGUUGCUCAGAACAGCAACAAACAUCGAUUCUGCGUGCUUGAUUCAGGAACAUAUGGAAGAAAUUCUUGACAUGUGGAUCUCUAAGGGUUACAAACUUAUAUCUUUCCCUUGGUACUUUACUCAAUGUGGAUCAUUGGCUGAGUUCAUCAAGAAAUAUCAGUACGAUAUUGCUUUCGCCAUACUAUCGAAUAGGCCAGCGGAUUUGCAACAGUUUUGCGAUAACAUCAAACGGAGUCAAGCGGACGUGAUCAAGGUGAUCUCUUCUCGAUGCAUUGCUUUUCUCAUUCCAAAAUGGGCCAACUGUGACAAUAUGCCAGAAAAUUACAUCCACAUAGCAGAUAGAAUACAAACGAUCAUCAUGAACCACGUGGAUAUAAAGCACCUUAACCUUAAGGAUCCAUCAAAUCAGCUGCUUAUGCCACGGAUUGUCGAAUAUCUACAAGAUGAAGCUUUAAUGGGGGAACUUUUUGGCCGUGAGAUCCUUGUAGUAGAGAACAAGUGUGUUCUAAACGCUGGAAACUUUACAAAAUGCCUAGAACACUUCAAAACCCUGCUUUGUACUACCUCGAGGCAACCACUUUUCACGCAUAUUUGUAGCAAAUAUCCUACCGUUGUCGAGCAGCUUCUGCUGCAUUUCAAGCUGAAGAUCUACCAAUCGGACGUUACCGAACAGAAGAUGAUCUUGCUCUUCCAGUAUUCCAUGUUGAUCGACCAUUUAGUAGACUACUUCUGUCAACACCGUUCGGCAGAUUUGAAAGAAUACUUAACCCGAGAUAUUUGCUACUUCCUGAGCAAUACGAUGGUCUCUUCGCGGUCAUUGCAGUUACCCGUAUUGAAUUGUUUGAUGAAGUUUCUGUCCAAGAUUAUUCCGACAUGUGCCGAGUAUGUGAGACCACAUCUGAACUUUCUAACGUCUUCGCUGAUGUCGGUACACGAUCAAAGUUCAUCAUUUAAAGUCGCUGGCAAGGUUGUUAACAUACUGGAGCUGAUUGUAUUGGAACACCAAUCCCUGUUCGGAGACGGUAUAAAAAAGUUGAAUUAUUUCCCGGAUCACGGUGACUUCAAGCAUCUUCGCGAAGCACUAGAAAAAUUGAAGGAAUCACAAUUCCAGUUAACCCUAGCUGAGGAUAUCUUUCGCAUUAUUCAGCUUCCGCAACUUAAGUACGGCGAAUUGACCACCUUGUACAGUUUAUUGGCUACCAAGAAGGCUGAGUUGCAUGAUAUAUGUAAUGAACUGGGAUCAUCGGAUGGAUUUUCGGAGAGUUGUGGAAGUAAUGCUGUACUGUGCUUGAUCAACACACUUUUGAAAGAAAUUCAGAAUAGUGGCAAUGAAAAACAGAUGAUCGAGGCCUUGCGAUGUCUUGGUGAAAUAGGACCGGUUGAUUUAUCGACAAUGUUGCUAAAAUCGGACAUUGAAACAGAAAUUUAUAAGAACCUCAAGGAUACAGACUCCGCAGUUGAACAGGUUGUGCGGGUGAUGCUUGUGCAGCUUAACGAAUUAGUAGUGAGUAAGGACUUAAAUAUCGUUCAGAAAGCAGCGACCGUGUGCUAUCAUGUUUUGAAGAACAGUCACUACCGAAAGCUUGCAGUCAAUCUGAGAGCCUUGUAUCCAUAUAUGACACUCGCCGAGAAUGAUCGUCCAAUUUUCAUACGAUCAUCGGACAACACGAACUUAAGCUCAUUGCUGGAAACCAUCAAUACUGGGCCUAGCUAUGCCUCAUUUGUGCUUGCGUUAUCAUCUGCACUGUUACUAUUGCUCCAGGACACUGUGAUUAAGGCUCUUACGGAUAUUGAGACCAAUUUUGCAGCAAAGCUGGUCCCUAUGCUGGUCCAAAUAGUAUUGUGUCUAAAGGAUGGAAAUCUUAAUACAAAUAUUGAAAGUUUUGUAAACCAUUUCUUCGUGAAAUUCACUGACAGUUUGACACCAGUUAAUUGCAUAACUAAAAACCGGGAGGCCAUACAUCUGAUGCUAGCAAUCGUUGAGUGCGUUCGGAUGAACAAUCAACAUCAUCCCAAGCACAAAAUCAACCUCAAUUGGUUGAAGAUUGCAUCGGCCAGUCUCUUCUGUCAAGCAUAUUUCAAAGCAAUCAUGUACGGUGAGCUCUGGUGUACAGGUCAGCGAGAUGAAGGCGUUGAUAAUGACGUUAUCAAACGUGAUCCACAGCUAAUGAGCAUCAUGAAAGCCGCCCAUUUGGCUGUUGGAAUUGAAGAUGCAGCGAAAGCAUUUCUCGAUCCGAUUUCUUCCCGAAGCGAGUACUAUCAACUUGAGAGAAAAUACAGUCAGAGUUUGCUGUAUUACGAUGUGGCCAGCACUAGCAAGAGUCCGUUCGAGAGGUCGGCAUACGUAGGCACUUUGAAGGCAUCUUGUUUCUAUGGAUUGGCAAAUAUGGUUGCAAACAGAGAUAAUGUAGACUUUGAGUGCGCAUGGCGAUUGGCGGAUUGGAAUGUGGCACUAGAUGACCAGAUGGAUCAAUCGAAACGAAAUAUGGAUUGGGAACAAGUGUUUGACAAACAGCACUACAAAGCUCUCAAAAGUUUGGAUCUGAAAGACGAGACAGCAACGGAUAGUGCUGUCCUCGAGGCACGAAAGGCAGUAGCGGAAAUGCUGAAAGUCGUUAGUAUGGAAUCAACGCAGAACAUCUAUCCAUACUUGAGCAAGUUGCGACAGCUACAGCAAAUCGAAGAUUUUAUGAAUGUUCAAUUCUAUCGCGUCAUUGAUGGGGAGACAGAGCUGCUGCAAAAAUGGGACCAUCAUGACAGGUUACCGUACAGUGAUUUUUCAUUUAUGGAGGCCAUUCUAUCGCAAAGGGUUGCUAUUCUCAAAACGGCACGGGUUCGUGCAAUGCGAAAAUGGGUUCCCGAUGCGCUCCAUCAAGCAUUGUUCCACUUGAUCCACGAGGCCCGCAUCAGUGGCCAUUCCGACGUUGCUUCGGCGAACAUAUGUGCCAUGUCGCAACAGACGUUGACGGAAAAUGUGAAGGCACUAGUCAUGCUGGAAGAUGCGCAGUUAAAUUGGGCUAACGGCGAUAAAUUCUUAUCGAAGAGGCUGGUAAACGAGAUCGUGGCCGGUGGAAAAUGCAAGGAUCUGAUGGUGAAUGCUGCGGCUUAUCGAAUCUACGGAACAUUUUUGGCGGAAACUUACGCUGAAGAUGUUCACAAUUUGUAUAAGAAAUUUUUCAAACAUUCCCAAACUCUGGUGGAGGAAGGCUUAAAACAGGCUAGCCAGCAGGACAAGGUCAAUGCUAUUGACUAUCAAAGCAAGUGUUUGGAUAGUGAUCGAAAUUUCGUUAUCCUGUAUACGGUGGCGAAAUAUGCUGACCGAGAAUUCGUCAGGCUGAAGAAACAUUUUACUUCCACUGAGUUCAAGAUGAAGAAAAUUAAUCUGGAACAGUUGAAGGCUGAAUUAGUGAUGCUGGAAGCAGAGCAGGCCAAGCUCAAGGAGUCGGACAAGGAGAAACUAACGAACCUGCGAAGGGCAAAGGUUUCCACGAAGCAAAACGCUGCACGCGACGAAGAGUCAAUUAACACUAUGAUGUCCAACAUGGAAGACUAUCUCAAGCUGGCUCUGUUCUACUACUCGGCGUAUACUCGGAAGACGAGCAUCGAAAGCGAUCUGGCUGUCUUCCGGAUCGUAGCCCUUUGGUUGGGGAAUCAUAGUGAGAAGAUCGCCAAUACCGUUAGCGAAACUUUGAAGGUCGUUCCGACGUAUAAGUUUGUACCGGUGUUGCCUCAACUUGCCCCUCGUUUGGAUAAUCGUAAAGACGGCGUUGGGCGAAUGGUUUGGGAGACGUUGGAACGAUGUGCCGUCGAUCAUCCACAUCACACUCUGCCGCAUAUUUUGGCCCAGGUCUACGCUUUUGCCGAUGUUGAACUGAAAGACGUUCCGACGGACGAUGAACGACUGCUUGGGGCUCAAUCGCUGUACAACAAGUUGUUAAAGAACAAGAAAAUUUCAGAUAUUGUUGAUCAAACGACCGAAAUGAAUCUGGCAUUCAUAGAGAUGGCCAAUAAAACGCUGGGAGGGGCCAAGGGGUUCACUGAUUAUAAAAUGACUUCAAAGGACGCUCUGAAAAGAUGCAGGGAGCUCGAUAAGGUACAUUGUUCUACAGUUGAGCUGAAAGUUCAAGAAAGUUGUGUCUAUGAUGGCAUAAUCGGUGUACACAAAUGGGACGAUCAGAUACAUGGAGUCGGUGGAAUCAACGCUCCGAAAAAGGUAGUGUGUCAUUGCAUGGAUGGUCAGAGCCGCAUACAGUUGUUGAAGGGUAGGGACGAUAUGAGACAGGACGCUGUUAUGCAGCAGGUAUUCAGCAUCCUUAAUGUGCUACUGCGGAACGAUAAAGAAGCCGGUAAACAGAAACUCAACGUACGUGCGUACAAGGUCGUCCCGCUAUCCAAGCAGAGCGGAAUACUUGAAUGGUGUUCGAACACGGUUCCUAUUGGUUCAUGGCUCAUUCCUGCACAUUCUCGCUACCGACCUAAGGAUAUGAGCGCAUUGGAAGCUAGGAAAGCCUUCGCUGAACUGGCUAAGUCUUCUCUGCGAACAAAGCAGGAAAAGUUCCACAAAAUCUGCCAACACUUGAGUCCAGUUUUUCAACAGUUUUUCUUCGAGAAAUUCCUAACCUCGGGAAUGUGGUUUGAACGAAGACUUGCCUACACCAAGAGUGUGGCUGUAUCGUCUAUGAUUGGCUACAUACUGGGCAUUGGUGAUAGACACGUACAGAAUAUCUUGGUUGAUGAGAAUACCGCCGAAGUAAUCCAUAUUGACUUUGGUAUCGCCUUUGAGUUGGGUAAAAAUUUGCCUACCCCUGAAACGAUUCCGUUCCGUCUUACCAGAGACAUUGUGGCCGGAAUGGGUGUUAGCGGCAUCGAAGGAGUAUUUAAAAAAUCCUGCGAGAAAACGCUUGAAAUUCUACGAAACAACCAUGCGCCAAUCAUGACAAUUUUGGAAGUGCUUCUGUACGAUCCGCUGUACACGUGGAAUGUGCUGGCCAAUAAGAAAGCUGCUCGGAAGCAGAUUGCAGAAUUGUACGGCGGAGAGGGCGGAGUCCAUGCAGAACACAAGGAUGCGGUGAACAUUAGUGCAGAACGUGCGCUGCUUCGCGUAAGCGAUAAACUCAAUGGAAAGGAAGAUGAAAAGUUUACUUCGGUAGAGGGACAAGUGGAAAGACUGAUUUUUGCUGCCUCCAGCAAUCUGAACUUGUGCCAACUCUUCCAAGGAUGGCAACCAUACCUGUAGGGAAGUAUGAGCGAUAAUGGUAUGUUAAAGUAGUUUUAAUUGUUGUUGCAAGUGAAUUACUCGUUUUUCGUAAUAUCGACUUGUUAUUUCGUGAACUGAAAAGAAAAGUGCCUUGAAUUUAUGAUGGGGCUUCUGCCACAUCUUCAGGGGGUAAAUAAAGAAAAGUCAUUACUCACUCAUUGCAUGAAGUGUUACAUCAUGUAUCCGCGCACCGCAGGGCUGCGGAGUCGAAUCGGAGUAGGAGGGAUUUUCA